AUGAACAAGGAAAAUCAGUCGAGUGUAUCCGAGUUCCUCCUCCUGGGGCUCUCCAAGCAGCCUCAAGAACAGCGGAUCUUCUUCCUGCUCUUCCUGAGCAUGUACCUGGCCACAGUCCUGGGAAACCUGCUCAUUAUCCUGGCCAUUAGCAUAGACUCCCACCUGCACACCCCCAUGUACUUCUUCCUCAGCAACCUGUCUUUUGUAGACGUCUGCUUCUCCUCCACUACUGUCCCCAAGAUGCUGGCCAAUCAUAUACUUGGGAGUCAGGCCAUCUCCUUCUCUGGGUGUCUCACACAGUUGUAUUUUAUCAUUGUCCUUGCCUACAUGGACAAUUUCCUCCUGGCUUUGAUGGCCUAUGAUCGCUAUAUUGCUGUAUGUCACCCCUUACACUACACAACAAAGAUGACCCCCCAGCUCUGUGCUCUGUUGGUUGCAUGGUCUUGGGUCAUUGCCAAUCUGCAUGCUCUGUUGCACACCCUGCUGAUGGCUCUACUUUCAUUCUGUGAAGACAACACCAUCUCCCACUACUUCUGUGAUGUGGUUCCUCUCCUGAAACUCUCCUGUUCUGACACAUACCUCAAUGACAUGAUGAUUCUUAUUGUAGCAGGUCUGUUAAUGAUCGCUCCAUUUAUUUUCAUCCUCAUCUCAUACAUCUUUAUUGCUUGUGCAGUUCUGAGGGUCCCAUCCACAAAGGGAAGAUGGAAAGCCUUCUCCACCUGUGGCUCCCACCUGGUUGUGGUUUCUUUUUUCUAUGGCACCAUCAUUGCUGUCUAUUUCAAUCCUUCAUCCUCCCACUCAGCCGAGAAAGACACGGCAGCUACUGUGUUGUACACGGUAGUGACGCCCAUGCUGAACCCUUUCAUCUACAGCCUAAGGAACAAGGACUUGAAAGGGGCUCUGAGAAAAGUGAUUGGUAGAACAAUAUUUUAUACCCAAUAA